GCCCACAGGGCGGCCAUGAGAGGCGGCUCCUCCUCGCCCGCGGAAGUGACGGCGCAGAGGGGCCGCCAUGAAGCCGGCGGUGGACGAGAUGUUUCCCGAGGGAGCCGGGCCGUACGUGGACCUGGACGAGGCAGGGGGAAGCACGGGGCUGCUGAUGGACCUGGCCGCCAACGAGAAAGCUGUGCACGCCGACUUCUUCAAUGAUUUUGAAGAUCUCUUUGAUGAUGAUGACAUCCAGUGAAGUUGGUUGUCCAGCUAUGCAGUGCUGAGAUGUGGAUUUUUCUCUAGGAUCACCUGUGGUGUCCAUUAUUUAUUAAAGUAAUCGAAAUGGGAAAAUCACAAGCCAGGGGGGAAACCUGCAUAAGCUGCUCGGGGAAUAUGAAAACCAGAUGGUUAAAGAUAACUAAGGAGGGAAUUGUGGAAUGUUAUUUCUAGGAAGCUGUGCGUAGAUUUCUGUGGAAAUUUUAUUUGCUGAUGUGCUUAUUGAAUAAAAUACUAAAAAAAAACUCUCCUUCACUCUGGGUUGUACUUUGAAAGUAGUUAUUGCUGU